AUGUCAAACUUCUUCGAUCUCAAAGCCCGCAAGCAAGCGGCAGCCAAUGGCGCGGGCUCCAGCAAGCAGGAGAAGCAGACCAACGAGACCCCCAGAGCGCAACCUUGGGUGGAGAAAUACCGCCCCAAGUCCCUCGACGAUGUCACCGCACAAGACCACACAAUCACAGUCUUGCAGCGAACCCUACAGGCCUCCAACCUCCCUCACAUGCUCUUCUAUGGCCCUCCCGGAACUGGCAAGACGUCGACAAUCCUCGCGCUGGCGAAGGAGCUGUAUGGACCCGAGUUCAUGAAGUCCCGGGUCCUCGAGCUGAACGCUUCCGAUGAGCGUGGUAUCUCCAUUGUGCGCGAGAAGGUCAAAGACUUUGCGCGUAUGCAACUCACAAAUCCCGCGCCUGGAUACAAGGACAAAUACCCAUGCCCUCCUUUCAAGAUCAUCAUCUUAGAUGAGGCCGACUCAAUGACGCAAGAUGCGCAGAGCGCUUUGCGAAGGACCAUGGAGACGUACAGCAGAAUCACACGGUUCUGCCUGAUUUGCAACUAUGUCACGAGGAUCAUCGACCCGCUGGCAAGUCGUUGCAGCAAGUUCCGCUUCAAGAGCUUGGACCAGGGCAAUGCCAAGAAGCGGCUCGAGGAGAUUGCAGAGAAGGAAGGCGUUCCACUCGAGGAGGGUGCUGUUGAAGCUCUGAUCAAGUGCAGCGAGGGAGAUUUGAGAAAGGCCAUCACAUUCCUACAGAGUGCGGCCCGACUAGUCGGUGCGAGCGCCACCGCUCAAGGGAAUGGUGGUGACGAGAUGGAGGUCGAUAAGAAGGCCAUCACUGUGAAGAUCAUCGAAGAUAUCGCUGGUGUUAUUCCUGAUCCGACAGUGGAUACGUUGGUCAAGGCUAUACGCCCUACGAGCACGGGCGAGACGUAUCAGUCGAUUGCCAGAGUGGUUGAAGAUAUGGUUGCCGAUGGAUGGAGCGCCGGCCAGGUUGUGAGCCAGCUCUACCAAGCCCUGGUGUACGAUGAGACGAUCCCUGAUGUUCAGAAGAAUAAGAUCGUCAUGAUUUUUUCCGAAGUCGACAAGCGUCUGGUAGAUGGUGCAGACGAGCAUCUGUCGAUUCUCGAUCUAGCUUUGCGCAUCUCUGCGAUCAUGUCCGAGAGGUGA